AACCGGGGCGGACUCUGGCGCUGCGCGAGGUGACCCGAGUCACAUUCCCCCGGGGCGGCGACGGCAGGGCGCCCACUGGCCGGAGCAGAUUCUGGGUGCUAAUCCCUUGUCAGUUAUACAUGUGGCAAAUAUCUCUUUCCUGGAUGUAUGCCCUUUAUAGCUUUCUAGCCUAAUUGUGCUGGCUGGAAUCUACAGAACAGCGUUGAACGGGAGUUGAUUAAUAUUAAAGUUGGAAGCGUGCAUCUUUUGCUGAAUAUUGGAAAUUGAGUGUAAUGGCAACAGAAUUUAUAAAGAGUUGCUGUAGGGGAUGUUUCUAUGGUGAAACAGAAAAGCACAACGUUUCUGUGGAAGCUAAAACAGCAGUCUCAAGUAGUCAAAAGACUGCCAUCUGUGUCCCUCCAUUGACUUCUGUUUGUGUAAAGCCUCAGGUUGGCUGUACUGAGGAUUAUUUACUUUCCAAGUUACCAUCUGAUGGCAAACAAGUACCAUUUGUGGUGCCCAAGUUUACGUUAUCUUAUAUUCAGCCCAGGACGCAAGGAACUCCUUCACAUCUAGAAGAACUUGAAGGAUCGGCCAGAGCAUCUUUUGGGGAUCGAAAGGCAGAACUUUCCGGCUCCUCCCACCCUGGAUCCAGCUAUGACGUGUACAACCCGUUCUAUAUGUAUCAGCACAUUUCCCCAGAUCUGAGUCGGCGCUUUCCCCCUACUUCAGAAGUGACAAGACUGUAUGGAUCAGGUUUGAAAUUUUUUUGUGAUUUAAGGACCAACAAACUCCCUGGUUCUCCCGGGCUAAGCAAGUCUAUGUUUGAUCUUACAAGUUCAUCUCAGAAGUUCAUGCAGAGACAUGAUUCACUGUCCAGUGUGCCUAGCAGCUCUUCAUCGAGGAAAAAUUCUCAGGGGAGCAACAGAAGCUUGGAUACGAUUACUCUGUCAGGAGAUGAAAGAGAUCUGGGGAGAUUGAACGUGAAGGUGUUUUAUAAUUCUUCAGCAGAGCAAAUCUGGAUCACAGUAUUACAGUGCAAAGAUCUAAGUUGGCCCUCUAGUUAUGGCGACACUCCUGCUAUCUCUAUAAAAGGAGUCCUGACAUUGCCCAAACCAGUGCAUUUCAAAUCUUCAGCCAAGGAAGGCUCCAGUACAAUUGAGUUUAUGGAAACUUUUGUGUUUGCUAUUAAACUCCAAAGUCUGCAAAGUGUAAGGCUUGUAUUUAAGGUUCAAACCCAGACUCCCAGGAAGAAGACCAUUGGUGAAUGCUCGCUGUCACUCAGAACUCUUAGCACACAAGAAAUGGAUUACUCUUUGGAUAUAGCACCACCUUCAAAAAUUCCUGUGUGCCAUGCAGAACUUGAGUUGGGGACUUGUUUUCAAGCAGUGAACAGCAGGAUCCAGUUACAAAUUCUUGAGGCACAGUGCCUUCCAAGCUCAUCAACACCUCUGACUUUGAGUUUUUUUGUGAAGGUGGCAAUGUUCAGCUCAGGAGAGCUGAUUUAUAAGAAGAAGACACGCCUGCUGAAGGCCUCCAACGGGAGAGUAAAGUGGGGAGAGACUAUGAUUUUCCCACUUAUACAGAAUGAAAGGGAAAUUUUUUUUCUCGUUAAGCUUUAUAGUCGAAGCUCUGUAAGAAGAAGACACUUCGUGGGACAGAUUUGGAUAAGUGAAGACAGUAAUAACGUUGAAGCAGCAAACCAGUGGAAAGAGACAAUUACAAAUCCAGAAAAGGUUGUUAUCCAGUGGCACAGAUUAAACCCAUCCUGAAGACUUCACGCGUUACUUGGUGAAGAAUUGGACAUUCUUUUAGAAGACUUAAGAUUUCAGUUUGCUACCAAUGAGAAGAGGCAAAUCAGUAUAUUUCUCAAGUCUUUCAUGGAGGUCAUAAUUAUAGUAUUUAAUGGAUCUGUUAGAAAAUUAAACUUGAUAAAACAUGGUAUGAAUUACAUCAGGUAUCCAAAGUAAAGGAAAUGUUUAAGAACUGUGCCGAAAUAGACAAUAAAAUAAAAGGGUUGUAUUAAAUGGGCAACUAAAUAAAUUACAAAACCAGUGAGGAUAUCAACCAUGGAUAGUUACAGCCACAUUAUGUUUAUAGGGUCUUUUUUAAGCUUUACCUAGAUAUUCAAAAUCUACAUGUCAUCCUUGAUAGGACUAUUAGGCAUUUAGAAGACUUUACUACUGACUGUUUCAGUGCUAAUCAUUACUGGUUAUAUCUUGACUUUAUUGUUUACUUUUAGCUACAUAUUUUCUCCCAGAAAGCAAAAAUGAAUUGAUCUGCUUCAGCUCCUGGGGAAAGUUUGUGCCCUUUGUUUAUCACUCCUUAUCCAUAAGGUAUCACAUUGCCAGUUUGUCUCCAAGAAACGUCAGAUAUAGACAACUACAUUUUGGUAAGAAUAAUGAAAACACCAGAGGUUAAAGAUUAAUUGGAAACCCAGUAUACACACAUUUUGCUGUCUUUUUCUCUCUCUCAGAUAUUUUACUCCUUGUUUUAUUAGGAGUUGAAAUAAGAUUAUCAUGCAUAUGGCCUGUCCUAAUCAGCAGAAUUAAAUGAACUUAAAUAGCAAAUUCAGUAUUUUAUGAUAAUCACAUCCUUGUUUUUAGCUCUUUUAAAUAUAAAUUAUUUGUUCUAUAAUUCACAAUGUUCGAGUAUUUUCCCAUUUUUGAAAUUACCAUACCUGAUAACACCAUGUAGCAAAUAUUGUCUAUUGCAGUGUUUCUCAGGUACUCAUUAGAACUCAGUAUGUGGAUAAUUUCAGUUUAAUUGGCCAUGCACACGGGCCCAAAAGAACAGCUCUUUGGAUAAAUAAAUAAGGCUGACCUUGAUCUUGGAAAAUUUUAUUUUAUUUUUGCUAAUGAGUAGACCAAGUGCUCUGUGUUCAUGGUCUUUCAUUUUUCUUUCUAUCUUACUUUGUCUCACACGUGCCAAGAGAUAGAUGGUGAUAUUUUAGGCCAGAAGUAUACUUUGCUAUAGCUUAAGCAUGCCCUCCCUCGUUAUUCCAGUUCUUAUGUUCUGUGUAUUUUAUUAAGAUUUUCCCAAAGAAGCACUUACUCCCCUUAUCCUAGGUAUUACCUCGCCUCAAACUGUAAGAUGUACAUACUUCACCUGUCCUAGCUCUUCCUGCUUAGAGUUUGCACAACAACAGUGGUGUUGUCAGGUCUCUCUGUGCAUGUUAAAAUAUUUGUGUUUUAGAUUUGUGAAAAAUGGCAUAGUAUUGAUUAAUACUCACAUGCACUUUUUAAAAAAAUAUAUUUUAUUGAUUUUUUUACAGAGAGGAAGGGAGAUGGAGAGGGAUAGAGAGUUAGAAACAUCAAUGAGAGAGGAACAUCAAUUCAACUGCCUCCUUCACACUCCCUACUGGGGAUGUGCCCGCAGCCAAGGUACAUGCCCUUGACCGGAAUCGAACCUGGGACCCUUCAGUCCACAGGAUGACACUCUAUCCACUGAGCCAAACCGGUUAGGGCUCACAUGGACUUUUAAGAUAAAUCACCUUGUGUGGUAGUCUUGAAUCUUUGAGACAAAUGGCAACUAUUUGAAAAUUUUUUAAAUAAUUUUUUUAAAUCCUCACCUGAGGAACAUUUUUUAAAAAAAUUGAUUUUGCAGAGAGGUGAAGGGAGAGGGAGAGAGAAGAAAAAAAUACUGAUUGGUUGCUU